CCCAUACACGACAUGCCCCUAGCUAUAGUUUACUUUCUCUAGCUAUAAAUUUUGCUAUGUUACUCAACCACUGUGAUAUUAUUGAAAUUGAGAGUUGAAACUUUGUUUUCUGCAAUUGAGACAAUAAUGGAGAGUUCCGAUGAGACGCACAACAAAAUUGUAGUGAUGAAACAAUCAUUCUUCGAUGAGGGAUAUCUGAUUCCAACCCAGUUUCAACAGCUUGAGAUGCUACAAGACAGUGACGAUAUGAACUUUGUUAGGGAUGUCUUUUGUUUGUUUUUCACGGAUAUGACUAGACAAUUUGCUGAGAUUGAGCAAAAUCUUGGACAAGAAAUUGAUGGAAAGCAAAGGGAAGACUUGAUUAGGUUUCUUCAUCGACUCAAGGGAAGUGUGUUAAGCAUUGGUGCUCUCAAGAUUUUGAACGGAGUCAAUAAGAUGAUACAAUUUUUCGAAGAAGAGAACAUGGAAGGGAUCAUGGAUGCUUUUGAGCAGGUGAAGAUGGAGAAUGCAAAUCUUAGGGUGAAAGUUGAGCCUUACUUUAAGAAGAAAGAAAUAAGAGGAUAUUGUGGCUUCAUGCAAAUUUAUUGUGAUUGAACUUCACACCAUAAUUGCGUGUCGAAACAAUUGCAAGGAAACUCUUGCUGGAACAAGUAAAUGGUGAAGUGGAGAAUCCCCAGUCCCAAGAUCCCAAAUGAAGUUUUAUAGAAGUGCAAGGGGUGGUUGGUGAGGCAUGCAUGCAUGGUCCUCAGCCACCAACUUAGAUUAGAUUUAGUAUAAACUUUUGCUUGUGAUUUUUAAUGUACUCAGUACAUUAAUGAUUAAUGUAUUUGUCUUGUGUACGUAACUCUAAACAAAAACUAUAUAUAGGGUCCUUCGUUGUGCUCAUAUGAUCAUAUGGUGUACAAUUCCCAGUGCCUAUGUAUGUUCUUUUCAAUUCGUUGUACACGUAUGUAUACGUAAUGUUAUAGGUCUGUGAUAUAUGUUAAAAAAAUGAAGUCAA